AUGAGUGGCAAUAAAGCUAUGGAUCAUAGAGAGGGCCAAUGGACUACGGGGCUCUAUGAUUGCUUUGAAGAUCGCUCUCUUUGUUUGAAGACUUGCUGUUGUCCAUGCAUCAUCACCGGUCAAAUUGUGGAGAUAAUUGAUAGAGGGGCUACGUCCAGUGGGACUGCUGCUUGUAUAUUCGCUGCUCUAAAAUCGGUCCACUGCGCCUGGUUGUACACGAGCAAUUACCGCGCGAAAUUAAGGGCACUUUAUAAAUUGCCAGAGGCCCCUUGUGGAGAUACUGUGAUCCACUGUUGCUGUUGCAUAUGCGCCACGAGCCAGGAGUACAGAGAACUCAUGAAUCGUGGCGUUGAUCCCUCCAUAGGUUGGGAAGGAAAUGUUGACAAGUGGAAAGAAGAAGGCGCGGUGGUACCCCCAUUUUUUCCAUCCAAUAUGGCUCGUUGA